AUGAGCCGCUCGCCGGCGUCCUCGGGGCUGUUGCCCUUGCCAUUGCCUGGCUCAACAUCGUCGUCCUGGGCGCGUUACAAGUCUCGAUUCGCGUCCGUCUUUCGCAGUGCUGACACCUCGGUCAUCGUGGCCUUCUGGCUGUUCGGCUUGAUCAACAAUGUCCUCUACGUUAUCAUCCUUACCGCCGCCCAAGAUCUCGUCGGAGCCGAUGUCCCCAAGGGCGUCGUGCUCCUCGCCGACGUCCUUCCCUCCUUCUUCACCAAGCUUAUCGCGCCCUACUUCAUACACCGAGUACCAUACAGGCUGCGCAUCCUGAUACUGGCAGCUCUCUCCUCUGCAGGAAUGCUGCUAGUCGCGCUGACGCCGUCGACAUCGUCGGUCGCCGUCAAGCUUGUCGGCGUCGUCCUCGCCAGUCUCAGCAGCGGCGGCGGAGAGCUCAGCUUCCUCGGAUUGACGCACUACUACGGACAUAUGAGUCUUGCUGCGUGGGGUAGCGGCACGGGAGGUGCCGGCCUGAUAGGGGCAGGCUUAUAUGUCAUGUUGACGGACUGGAUCGGGUUCUCGGUCAAGACCAGCUUGCUCGCGUCCGCCGUGCUGCCGGCAUUCAUGGUCUUGAGCUUCUUUGGCAUCCUACCUCUGGGACCGCUGCAACAGGGCUCGGCUAAGACCUACGCUGCUGUACCGGAUCAGGAUCUAGAAGACGAGGAUCUCGAGGACAUACCGACAGGAGACGCUGCCUCUAGCCUCCUGGCUCCUGGCCCUGGCGUCGCCUCAGCUGCCAUCUCUGCCCAUCCCGGGCACGAUACAUCUUUCGUGGCUAACCUAAAGCGCGCGAAAUCACUCUUCUUUCCGUACAUGCUGCCUCUCCUCCUGGUCUACAUCGCCGAGUACACCAUCAACCAAGGCGUCGCACCCACGCUCCUGUUCCCGCUAGACUCGUCGCCUUUUUCUGAAUUCAGAUCGUUCUAUCCAUUCUACGGAUUCCUGUACCAGCUCGGCGUCUUCAUAUCUAGGUCAUCGACCCCAUUUCUCCGCAUCCAUCAUCUUUAUGUCCCCUCAUUCCUUCAAGUGGGCAACCUCAUCCUCCUAACCCUGCAUGCCCUGCUCAACUUCAUCCCGUCGGUGUACAUCAUCUUCGUCGUUAUCUUUUGGGAAGGCCUCCUCGGUGGGGCCGUGUACGUCAAUACCUUUGCUGAAAUCAUGGAGAAUGUGUCUCCCGCCGAGCGCGAGUUCAGCCUUGGUGCCACCACCGUCAGCGAUAGUGGCGGCAUCUGCAUCGCAGGCUUUGUCGGCAUGGUGAUGGAAGUGUGGUUGUGCAAUUGGCAGACGCAGCAUGGCCGUGAUUACUGCAAGCGGAUCGAGGCAAGCUGA